AGAAACACUACUCAGUUUGUGGGUGUGGACAGAUAAACUCGGUUUAUGGUGUAUGUAUAACAUCAUCACUUGGAACAUUCUUCAUCUUCAAGCACAAGCACUGCCGCUGACCGGUUUCAAGAAAGAAGGCAAAGGAUCAAAUAAACCUGACAUGGAGUUCGCAUGAGAAGACUCGGAAAAAUGCCUUGAGCUUUACAGGAGAAGGUCUUCGGAGUGAUUCUGCUGGAUGUGAUAGAAGUUUAUAGUUAUACUGGAUCUUGAUUUAUUUGCGGGAUAAGUCAUUCAAACAUGGUCUAUCGCCUUUAUUCAAAGGUUGUUAUAUUGAUUUGUGCAGUGGAUAUUUUCCUCGCGGCACCACCUGCAACAAGAAUUGAUUCAAUAUGGCCGGACAACGAACCGAGUCCUCCUGUAGUUGAUACCAACGGAGGUUGUUCCGACCGGGGAUUAAGUGAUGCCUGCAGCCUUUUCAGUAAUGUGUGCAAUACAGGGACAUGUAAGUCUAAAGGCUGUACUUAUAUCUGCAUUUGCCCUGAUGGUUAUGGAGGUAGUUUUUGUGAAACACUUGUACCGUCCCAACAAUCGAAUGGCAACGGAAAUGGCCACGGUAAUGGAAACGGAAAUGGCAAUGGAAAUGGAAACGGAAACGGAAAUGGAAAAAUCAUUGAUGCCAUUGAUUCUCUGGACUUCUUGGAUCUUGCUCUGUUUUCCUUUACAUCAAAAGCAACAAGUGCGAGAACAUCCACCCAGACUCCUACAACACCAACAACUACUACAGCCACUACAACUUCAACAACAAUAAAAAUGGCUUCGACAACCACAACUACUUCAUUCUCUAUGGAUGCAAAAACAAGCAUGACAACACCACAUUCAUUGGGAUCCACGGAAGCAGACGCUACAGCUACGAUAGGAAUUGUAUCGUCAAAGGACUACAAUAGUGCAACGCCAAGAUUUGGCACAAGCACACGUCUUGCAAAGUCUACAACAACCGAACCCCCAACAUCAGAGAUGUCCAUAUCAUCCACAACAACAAAAGACAUAGCCACGUCACGGCGUGACAGUUCUACUCUAGAUGCCAUAACAAUGUCAGUCUCUAACAAAGAAUCCACAAUAGGUUCACGGGCUGCACUUGUGGGUCACAUAAAACCAACGUACAAGGCGGUAACUCAAAUUAGUGCGCAACGUGAAUCUACAACAACUGAAAGGCCUACAGUCAAGGAGUUCCAUAGUGUUAUUUCGUCCACACAACCAGCUCAAAGAGACUCUGCAGCUACAGAAACACAUACCGUGUCUCCUGAAAACCGCCUUGCUGAAGCAUCUUCUACAAAUGUGUUCAGUGAUGCAUCAUCUGUCCCUACCACCACCGAAACAGCAUCUUAUAACAAAGCUAAUAGUUCAACAACUAUUACGACGCCUGUUCCGAAAGUAUCAGCAACACCAUCUAUUUCACCAUCGUCGUCUCCGGAACCUUCAGUAUCAACUGCAAACACGUCAGGCAUAACAUUAAAUGAACCGACGACAAACGAUACAAAGUCUACUGUCACAGAUAAUUCAGCAACAACAACUGCCUCCACUAAGAUAUCUACACAAUCAACUCAAACAAUAAGAAAUUAUGUGUCCACCAGUUUAAAACCCGGCUCUGUAACUUCACAAAUGUCAACGGAGUCCUCAUCCAGUGUUGGAACUGAAACAAGCACUACAUCGUUAGUGUCAUCAGCAGUGUCAGCGACUAUUAUGAUAUCAUCGGGACAAACACCUCAAUCUAAUACGACUGAAACAUCAACAUCUGCAGAUGUAAAGACAGUGGUUACAAAUCAGGAGACACAAACCAAACCAAAGACAACAACAGCCGCAACUGCAACGCCAACAACUGCAACACCAACGCCUGCAACUACAAAAACACACAGAGUUUCAUUUGCAGCUGAGACAACGACCAGCAGUCCUAAAACAGCAAUAAAAUCAAGAGGAACAACAGAUUCAAGAGCAGGUCCAACAGAGAUGAUAGCAUCAAAGAUGAAAACAAUGGAGUAUGAAGCACCAUCAACUUCUACGUUAGGUAUUGUGACUUCACAACAACCUGAUGGUACAACUCAAGAAGUCCCGCGGUCAACUGCUAGUUUUACCACCUCUUCAGGUCCUUUUGUUUCAGCUGCACUUUCAACCGCUACUUCUGCAGUAACCGUCAGCCCCAAAACUGAACCAACCACGUCUCCAAAAUCAACCAUAAUUACUACUGCUAAACCAACAGAUGCAAGUACGUCUAAUCCACCGACCUCCACAACCAAAGCAGCCGUUAAGCGUAAGACAACACAGCCAUCCCCUGUAACAACUACCCCAGGCACAUAUCACCAACGUGCAACAGAGAUAUCGCCAUCUGCACUUGGCAGUGUGCUUGGAUUUCAACAUGCGAUAAAUAACUGGAGUAACAGAUUUUUAUCCACUCUUCCGGAACUUGUACCAACAGCAAUGGCAGGAAGACUAACUGCUCCAAUGGGUCUCAGUAGUACAUUCUAUAACGGACAAAUGAAUAGUAGUAAACCCAGUGUCCAUUCACCAAACGGUGAUAAUGGCUUUUCUAAUGGUGACAAUGGACAUUCUUCCAGUGUUGACAAUGGACAUUCUUCAAGUGGUGGCAAUGGUCGAUCUUCCAAUGGUGACAACGGCCAUUCUGUAAAAGGUGACAAUGGGCAUUCUUUGAAUGGUGACAAUGGGCAUUCUUUGAAUGGUGACAAUGGGCAUUCUUUAAAUGGUGAAAAUGGGCAUUCUUUGAAUGGUGACAAUGGGCAUUCUUUAAAUGCUGACAAUGGGCAUUCUUUAAAUGCUGACAAUGGAAACUCAAAAGGCGUUCAAAAUGGACAAACACCAGUACCCUUCCUAAACAAUGCUAACAAUGUAACAGACAAAAUGAUCGCUAAAGGAGAAAAGGGAAACAAUGUGCCAAGUGUCUCAAAUGGCACUAAUACGAGUAAUGGCAGCACUGACAAUGGACAUGAUACAAAUGGUAACGGCAAAAAAAUAGUGCAAGGUACUACAAAUAUUGCAAAUGAUAAUGGUCAGAGUAACAUUGGUAAUGGCACAGAAGGCGGUAUUAAUGGUCAAGCAAUAGGACAUAUUGGUAGCAAUGGUAAGGGUAUUGGUCAAACCCCUAAUGGAAAUAACGGCAAUAAUGGCGAAAACGGUAAUGGAAACAAAAGGAAAGUAACAUCAUCUCCAUUUGAUCAAGUGUUUGGACAACUAAUCGAUACCAUGGAAGCGUCUUCAAAUUUUCAACUACCUGUGAUGACUAGUGGAGGGAUUCCUGCACAUUUGCAGAGUCAGCCUGUUCCUGUUCCAAGCUUAUCUGCGUUUACUCAACCAUUGUUGAAUGUUGGUCCAUCUCAAAACUUAGGUAUUGUUGCUGCCUCUGUUGGCAAUACUGGAACUCCAAGAAAGGGGGGUGCGUCUGUGACGAAACAAGAUGCUGACUCUAGCGAGGGAACGACACCACCUCUUGGCGCUAUUACAAGAGUAGACCCCCUUGCUGGUAUCUUCCCUGACUGGCUUGGGUUGGAGACGCAAAGAGAUAUACGGGAUCUAAUGCAACAGUCAAAGUCAGUAACCAGAGAGCUACAGGAUAUUGUAUCUCUGAAGAAAGCUUCAGAGCCAAAGGCAUCAGGCAAGGAUGGAAAGGAUCAAAACAAAGACAGCAAAACAAAGAACAGCUCAUCGGAGCAAGAAAGCAAAAACAAGACAUCUGAAAACUCGGAUGACAAGAAUCCCGAAUCGUCAGGUGGAAGUUCAAGGAAGGAAUGGUCAGUUCAGAAUGGAAGGGACAGUUCAAAGAAGUCUGAGGCGCUUUCUGAGGACGCUAUGAAGAGGAGGGCUGAGCAAGCGGCACAGUUGGAGAUACUGGGCCAUCAGCUACGAUCACUGAUAAGACAGGCAUCGUUCAUGCCACAACACCAGACGGGAAAUGAUGAAAAGGAUGUGCCAGAUUCCUCUAAAGGACAAAAAGGGGAGUCUAGUGUAAAUAAACAUUCAGACUCUGGCCAACAAAAGAAGGAAAAACAUAACGCCAGACCCGAGUUACAAGUAAGCAAAGACGAUCCUAUACAUGAUUCAGGAGGGUCUUGAAAAGUGACAAAAAUGACAAAAUAAUUGAAGCAUGCAGAUUAAACAUCUCGUUUUGUGA